GCGUCCCUUGUCCCCGGGCGUCGCGAAGUUCUACAUGAAAACCGCUUCAGAUUUUUCCCUUUUUUGAAGAUGUCGAGUCGAGAGCACAAUGACAACGUUAAGAGGAUUAAGCUCAAUGUUCCGAUGUUACCUAGCACUGCCUAGAGCUGCUGUUUGUCAGAGCAGGUCAUGGCCGAGAAAUGUAUUUACAGGGAUUUGCGACAAGUAUAGGGAAGGCAUACUUUUUGGCAUGGGCAACCCCCUGCUGGACAUCUGCGUCAACAGCAACGAGGACUUCCUAAAGAAAUACGACUUGGAGGCCAACAAUGCGAUCCUGGCUGAGGACAAGCACAUUCCCAUGUACAAAGAGAUGGCAGAGAUGGAAGGUGUGGAGUACAUUGCCGGAGGAGCCACACAGAACUCCAUGAGAGUAGCACAGUGGAUCCUCAGAGAACCGAAGUGCGCCACCUUCAUGGGAUCCAUCGGCAAAGACGAGUGCAAGACGUUAGCGAAAAAGGCCGAGGAAGCGGGCGUUGUUGUGCGUUACCAGAAGCAGGACGACCAUUCCACAGGUACAUGUGCUGUAAUUGUGACAAAGAGUGGAACAUGCAGGUCACUUGUAGCCAAUCUUGCUGCCGCCAAUCACUUCACCAAGUCCCACCUGGAAAUUGCCGAGAACAAAGCCCUUAUGGAGAAGGCCAACUUCUACUAUAUCUCAGGAUUCUUCCUCACUGUGUCUCCCGAGUCAAUCCUGAUGGUGGCGAACACGCGAGAGAACAACAAGGUGUUUUGUAUGAACCUGUCAGCCCCAUUCCUGCAGUUCUUCAAGGACCUGAUGAAGGCCUUCCCAUACAUUGACAUCCUCUUUGGAAAUGAGACAGAAGCUGCCAAGUUUGCAGAGAUCCACGAAUUUGGUACAACAGAUGUAAAAGACAUAGCCCUUAAGACAGCUGCCUUGCCCAAGAAGAACUCCAAGAGAGAACGUAUUGUUGUGUUCACUCAAGGAGCAGAGGACAUUAUCGUAGCAAGAGGUGGCAAGAUCACACAAUUCCCUGUAGUCAGACUCCCCACUGAGAAGCUCAUCGACACAAAUGGUGCUGGUGAUGCUUUUGUCGGAGGCUUCAUAUCCCAGCUAGUCCAGGGGAAGCCUGUAGAGUCUUGCAUAAAGUGCGGCAUAUGGGCAGCCACCGAGAUCAUUCAGAGAUCCGGAUGCAGUUUUCCAGCAGAUCUCCACUAUACUGAAUAAAAUGUCUGUUCUUUGGCUUAGAUUUUUUUCUAUCUUUUUUUUUUUUGGUAAAUAUCUAGAGGCCAAUAAACCCUUAGGACUCUGAUAGAUAAAUAUAGAAAAUACUUUCUUAAAAUGAGGGCAUUUAUGUUAUUUGUAAAUGCUACUUGUGUUUUUAUUGUUCCUUUCAAGGCAAAGUUUUGAAAGUCUUUUAUAAAUGAAAGAUCGUACUUGUUAUUUGUUAAACAAAGGUCUUUUUAUAAACUUCAGACGAUGAAA